GAGUUUGAUUUCUUUCAGCCUGAUGUUCACAGGCUAUAGUUGCCCUUGUCUGCUGCUUGUCGAUAUCGAGGUGGAGGGAUAGCGGCCAGUAGUGUGCUGUUGCGAGAGAAAAGACCGUAAUUCUUCGUUCAGACCAGAAUAUCGCCUCCAUAAUCAGUUAGUUGCAUUUAGCAGGCAUAUAAAAACAGAAAGGACGUUGUACCACGGCUAUUUCCUCGAUAUGCAGAAUUACGGCUCGGCUUGAAUCAGGCUUGAGUCAGGCUUGAGCCGGACUUGAGUCUAGGCUUGAAGGCACGACCGACCGAACACUUCUGGUCGGCCGAAACAGAGUAGGUCGUCGGUCGGGUUAAAAUGGCGCCUCGUCGGUGCUUUACGGACAAGGACAAAGCUCUCCUCUCUGUGCUUGUGAAAACAAAUCCCAUCUUGCAGAGCCACGCAGCCGACGCCACAACCGCGCAUAAAAAGGCCAAGAAAUGGAGGGAGAUCGCAGAAAUCUACAACUCGAAUUGCAAGGGUCAGAAAAGGAACGUCGAGCAGCUGCGGAAGUGCUGGAAAAACAUGAAGUUUAAAGAAAAGCAAUUCAGUGCCUCUGCUGCAAAUGCAGUCAAAAACCGAGCUGGAUUAUCCCAGUCGCAGGAUGUGAAUACGUCAAGUGAAAUGGAUGAUGACCCAAUUCAUUUAGGGAGCGAUGAUGAACCUGAAUACAUUUUGCCUUCUGUGCAUGACGAGAGUCCAGAUGUGAUCGAGAAUAGUAUGCAGGAGGAUGUCUUUCACAAAACUGGCUGUACAAUUGUGGAGGGUUUGGAAAAUGCUGUGAUUGUAGAAAGUGACAGCAAUCUCUCAGAUCACAACUCCCCUGCCACAUUUGUAAGGAUUCUGCCCAAGCCACCUUCUGCCAAUUUACAAACAAAUGACAUAGUGGAGGACUCCAGGCUAGAAUUUUCUGCAGUCAGAGAGAUGUCUCCCCAUAUAGUAGAAAACAACCUUUCAAGACCAGGUUCGGCAAAUUCUAGUGCGAGUGAACCACAGCCAUCCCAAGCCAAGCAGUCACGCAAAGUUCCAAAGAAAACGGUGCUCAAGUACAGCAAAAAGUCAAGUGAACUGAACAAUGGUCCCCUAACCGCAAAAAUUACAAAAGAGAAAGCGUUGUCAUCAGAAUAUAAAAAGAAAAUGGAAUACUUAGACCUCAAGGUGAAGCUACUUCUAGCUGAGGAAGAGAGAAAGAAAGAGAAACACAAGAAGGAGAUGUAUCUCCUUAAUGCUCAGAUACAGUAUUGGAAAGAGAGGAGGAGAGAUAUGUCCGAAGAUUUAUUUGUGGUGCCUUGAUUGACUGAACAUUGUGUUUAUGUGUAUAUUAUAUAUACAUUAUAAAUAAGUAUGUAUAUAUAUUCUUAUAUAUAUAGAAAUAUCACACAUGUCAACAUGCUGUGUGUCUUUUCACAAGUUUUUAUUUUGUAUAUGUAUAUAUGUAAUGCAUAAAUAGUAUUUUAGAGAUAAUAGGUAGUAGACAAACAAGUAUCCAGAUAGCAGUACAUAGAAAAAAAAUGUAAAAGCUAGAAGCAUUUCAUUAUUUUGCUUUUCUAUUAGCAAAGGGUACUUGUUCACAAUGAACGUCCAUGUAAUCUCCCUGUUUUGUAAGGGAAAACUUGUUACCUAAAGUAAGAUAUGUCAGUCUCAGUUAAUUUUCCAAAGAUAUGCUUUCCAUUGUUAUAAUGUGUCUAAUAUUUGUAGCAAGGUAUUUAUUAAAUAUAUAUAAAAGGAAUAUAUAUUUUGUUGUUAUGUUUAACAGUUUUUAAAUCUUUAUUUGGUUUAUUGCAAAAAGAAAAAAAAAUAUUUUUCUUUUCACCUGUCAAGUACUCAUUUUAACUAUGUCACAAUACCAAAUUUGUAUCAAGCAAAUUGUGAUUUGUUUGAAGCAAUAAAAAAU